AUGCGCGUUGUAUUUCUCUUCGCCCUUUUAAUCGUCAAUAUAUUAUGCGACGAAGGGACACAUAUAUAUCAUGAAAAGAAUUUAAUAUGGAAACGUGAAGUCACCGAGAAUAACACAGAAUUGAAUUUAAAACAUCACAAACUACUGGAAUCGUUCAAAAACAGGUGGCCGGUGGAGAAAUGGCGCAAGUUCCAAUAUUUUACGGAUGAUUAUUUGGACCUCAUAAAUGAGCAUUGGCUACAGUUUUCGCCGCCCAACGAGGCGUUGCAAAAGAUUCUGGGUGGUGUAUACGUUUUGUUCUCGACUGUUGGCUGUUGGGGCAACGUUAUGGUUCUACUCAUGUAUUUAAGGUAA